UAUAUAGCCUAGCAUAUGUUAGAAGCCCUAGGACCACAUGGCUUAAAGCCCAAACAUUUCCGCAACAAAAACAGAAUACGCAUACUGAUGAGGAGUUGCACGUUGCUCGACAUGUUGAGCAAACCCUCCGAACAUUCUGUCCAGGUCUUGACAAACUGCUGGAUCGAGCCACACUUGCUCGACUUGUCGAGCGGCUCUUCAGGAGCCUUUUGCCUGCUACUCGCGUAUUGCCUCGAACAAGCCACGUUCUCCUUGGUCCCUUGCCUUGAUCGAGCACCUAUCAAGGCAUCUUUGGAGCACCUUCUUGCAUUGAUCAAGGCUCACAACAUCUUGAGCAAUUGCUUAAGUGAUCAAGCCAUCACCAACUACAUGAAAUUUGUGGCUUGUCACACCAAUAGGGAUCAACUAUAUUUGGUCAUAUAAAACUACAACUAAUUUCGUUCAAGUUACAACUUAAUUUCUAGUAUAAUCCUCGUGACAAUCUAAUAAGCAUGUUAAAAGCUUGUUUUUUUAGCCUUAUUUUACAACUCAAUUUUAUUUUCAAUUAAAUUUCACGGACAGAGUAUGUAUACUCGUACUCGUACGCUUCGUCAGUUCCAUCUUUAUCCUCCAUUCCUCCUCACCAAAAACUCUCAAAAUCAAUGGAAGCUCGAAUCCGAUUCCUAAACCUUCGCAAUCUAUCUCGUCAAUUCCCCACCAUUUUAUUCCUCAAACCAAUCUCCAUUUCUCUUCUUCCUCCUUCCGCCAUUUCUCUUUCUCCCACCCUCAAAUCCUCCCUUUCUCUCUCUUCAACCUCCUUCAACAACUCCAUUUCCCUCCCCCCUCUCUCUCCUUUCCUCAAUUCCUCUCAAUUAGGGUUCUUUCUCUCACCUUCAUCCUCUGAUUCUCAUCACUUCAACAAUCUCAAUCACCUUCGCUCCAAUCCUAACAAUGGCCAACUCUUCAAUUGGCAUAGAGCCUCUUCUCCACUCUCAGGGUUUCCUAUCGCUGGCAAUUGUGAGGUUGCGGCGGUUAUCUUAGGAUGGUUAGGUGCCAUGCCAAAGCAUUUGAGGAGGUUUGCUGAGAUGUACACUUCCAGAGGAAUCGAUGCUAUCACUUUUGUUGUUCCUGUGAGAGAUGUGCUUUGGUUUGAUUUGGGGAACAAGGUUGAGAAUCGGAUUAAAGAAUUGGCGGAUGAACUUGUUUCGUGGCUUUCUAAUGCGAAUGGCAGAAAACGGUGCUUGAUCUUUCACACUUUCAGCAAUACUGGUUGGCUUGUAUAUGGUGCUGUUCUUGCUCAUCUGCAGGACAGACCAGAUCUCAUAGAAAGCAUUAAAGGAUGUAUUGUUGAUUCUGGAGGGGACCCUGAGUUGAACCCUAAGGUCUGGGCAGCUGGCUUUGCAGCUGCCUUGCUAAAGAAACGGAAUACUGCAAUAUCUCCAUCUUCUGAGGAUAUAAAACCAAGUACUGAUAAAAACAAAUCAAAGUUUCGGGAUGAUCCUUACAUACUGGAGGCUUUAGUACUAGCAGUAUUAGAGAAAAUGUUUACCUUCCUUUUGAAGUUGCCUGAUGUGAACCAGAGAUUGUCAAGGAUCAUCUCUCAACUUUCAGAUAAUCAGCCAAACUGCCCUCAGCUUUAUUUGUAUAGUACAGCAGAUAAGGUUAUCCCAUACCAGUCUAUAGAAUCUUUUAUUGAACAGCAAAAGGUGAAGGGAAGAAGUGUGUGGUCCUUUAAUUUCACAUCUUCACCUCAUGUUGACCAUUACAGGACAUUUCCUGAUGUAUAUACCUCACACAUUAACAAUUUCUUAAACGUCUCAUUUCAACACGUUUAGUUUUUGUUUGGGAUCAUUUCGGUAAAAGUUCGCCGUGCUAUAUCCUAAGAUGCUAAGUACUGUUGGCUUCUAAUUCUUUCUUUAUUACCCUCUGCUGUAAUUUGGAAAUAUUGAUAAUUUUAUUUUUAUUCUAUUUUUA